AUCGGCUUCGAAAUCUGGCGUUCAGCUCGAUCUGUUCUCUCGGGCCCUCACACAGAUCAGCUUUUAAGUCUGCGCUGCUCUCACCCACGACACGGGCAUUUUCUACGAAGCUACUACCACCAGCAUACCUGGGUCUCUAACUACACUGCGUACCUCUUGUGUCGGUUCUGCUCGCGCAAGGCGUCAUUCUCUCUUUCUGGUUCUUCGGGCUCUUCUCCGUACCUCUUCGGCAAAACCGUGCUCGUACAUAAACUCGGCCCCUUGUCACGACGGUCCCUCUGAGCGCUACCUUACUCUUUGCUCCCUGUCAUGUCUCCCAACAUCCGACGGGCAGUCAAAGAUGUCGUCGGACAUCCUGACAACAGUCCAUCAUCUGUCUCAAUUGAAACUUACAUUCGAGAAGAGGUUCCAAGUCCAAGAAACCAGGUCUUGAAUUACCUGACAAGUUUGUUCCCAAUCUUGGGUUGGAUCACUCGAUACAAUGUUGGUUGGCUUUCUGGUGACCUCGUCGCCGGAAUCACUGUGGGAAUUGUGCUAGUCCCUCAAGGGAUGUCUUACGCCCAGCUGGCAACGCUCCCGCCCCAGUACGGUUUAUAUUCUUCGUUCGUCGGAGUACUUGUCUACUGCUUCUUUGCCACAUCCAAAGACGUCUCGAUCGGACCUGUUGCUGUCAUGUCCUUGACGGUCUCGCAUAUCAUUGCCCAUGUCGACGCAAAAUACCCAAACCAAUGGAGCGGCCCAGAAAUUGCCACAACGGUGGCGUUUAUCUGUGGCUUCAUUGUCCUCGGUAUCGGGCUUUUGCGCCUAGGAUGGAUCCUUGAAUUCAUUCCAGGGCCAGCUGUCAGCGGUUUCAUGACGGGCUCUGCUAUCAGUAUUGCCGCUGGCCAAGUGCCCGCCUUGAUGGGCAUAUCUGGCGUCAACACCCGAGCGGCGGCAUACACAGUAAUCAUAGAGACCUUGAAAGGUCUGCCUAGCACCACCAUUGAUGCCGCCUUCGGGUUGCCUGGGCUCGUUGCUCUGUAUGCUAUUCGAUAUGGUUGCGAAAGGUUAUCGAAACGCUACCCUCAUCGAGCCCGUUGGUUUUUCUUCGUCUCGGUGGCCAGAAACGCAUUUGUGAUUGUGUUCCUAACCAUUGCCGCCUACCUUUACUGCCGUCAUAACAAAAGUGCUUCUGGCAAGUAUCCCAUCAAAAUAUUACAGAACGUUCCUCGUGGCUUCCAAGACGUUGGCCUUGUUCACAUCGAUACCAACCUCCUAAGCGCCCUCGCCCCCGAACUCCCUGUUGCAACUAUCAUCCUGUUGCUCGAGCACAUCGCAAUCGCAAAAUCCUUUGGGAGAGUGAACGGCUAUAAGAUUAAUCCCAACCAAGAGCUAGUUGCCAUUGGUGUCACCAAUACCGUCGGAAGCGUUUUCCAUGCGUACCCCGCCACGGGCUCUUUCUCUCGCUCAGCGCUGAAAUCCAAGUCCGGCGUGCGCACCCCGCUAGGAGGGAUUUUCACCGCCAUUGUUGUCAUUGUCGCUCUCUACGGUCUGACGCCUGCCUUCUUCUGGAUCCCAAGUGCCGGUCUCUCCGCUAUAAUCAUCCACGCCGUAGCAGACCUCGUCGCUUCCCCGGCACAGGUGUACUCCUACUGGCGUGUCUCACCACUCGAGUUCAUUAUAUGGUCUGCAGCGGUACUCGUUGCCGUCUUUUCUACGAUAGAGAAUGGUAUUUAUACCUCGAUAUGCUCGUCGCUUGCGCUCUUGCUGGUUAGAAUAGCGCAUCCUCGCGGCUACUUCCUUGGCAAAGUGUCCUUGUCCGAUGGUUCUGGUUCAUCCAAGGAUGACUCCCGCGAAGUCUUCGUGCCAAUGAACCGCGAUGGCGUCACUCGCGACGACAUUAAGGUGAACCCUCCGACUCCUGGGGUCAUAAUCUAUCGCCUGGAAGAGAGUUACUUGUACCCAAACUGCUCGUCGGUCAACGCUGCUAUUGUGGAUUAUGUCAAGGCCAACCUGAAGCGCGGAAAGGACAUGAGCAGUAUUAGUCUUCGAGACCGACCAUGGAAUGAUCCCGGUCCUCCUUCGGGAUCAGCGGAGGAGGCACGGAAAAUAAACAAUGCCAAGCCCGAUUUGCACGCUAUCGUACUGGACUUCUCCUCUGUGUCGCAUAUCGACACUACCUCCGUUCAAAGUUUAAUUGAUACUCGGAAUGAGGUGCAAGCAUGGGCGGACCAUCCAGUAGAGUUCCAUUUUGCCACCAUUCUCUCUCCUUGGAUCCGCCGUGCCUUGCUUGCUGGCAGCUUCGGUGUUGGCAUCUCACUGGCCGAUGCCUGCAAUGAAGUUGCGCCAGUGGUGCCAUAUCGCGACGGCCGGAGAGGCAAAUGGGACGACGAGGACGACUCACAAACUCCUCGCUAUGACGAUAUUGAAGCCCGCGCUGCAAACACUGUCGUCGAAGAAAGACGCAGUACGGAAACCGCUCCUCUGAUAUCCAUGGAGACACCAUUCUUCCACUUCGACCUCGCUUCGGCAGUACGGGCUGCAGAGAGUGGUAUCGGCAAGUCCCUUUCGCGCCCUGACACGCCUUCCAAUUCCCUUGUGAAAGUCACGACCUCAGGAGAGGAAGCGUGAGCUUGACACCUAGCACAGCUGAUUGCCACACAUACCUAUACAACCGCGGCGGACUUUAUUAUUGUAAAUCAUGAGUUGCUGUACGAUACACAGGACUAGACUAUACUUCUCCAAAAUUAGAUGAAGCCUUCUUCAGAC